GAUGGGUGGGAGCUGGGGACAGAUACAGUGCGGGGCACGUGGACAGCGGGGACACGGGAUGGCCGUGGGGACAGCUGUGUCCCGGGCUGUGGGACAGGCAUACCUGAGGACAGGGAGACAGUGAUACACCGGGGUGGCACUCUCGGAAUGUGGGGAUGGCUGGGACACGGCGACAGCUGUGCCCCAGGGUGUGAGGACAGCUACAGUCGGGGGGCUCGAGGUGGCAGCCAUCCUUAGUGACGCGGGGAAUCGGGACACAGAGGCAACCAUAUCCUGGGAUAGUGGAGAUUGUUGGGAUAAGAGGACAGCCCCACCUGGGGACACGGGGACAACCAUGUUCCAGAAUGCUGCUCGUGGGGACAACUGUGACGUGGGGACAUCGCCACUCCUUGCUCUCUCUGUCCCCAGACCUCGCGGGGACCCUCAUCCCAUCCCUGCUCACCCAGCCACCCACGGACCAUGAACGUGCUGGCUCCGGUCCGCAGGGACAGGGUCAUCGCCGACCUGCCCCGGGUGAGCAGGGGGCCACAGCAGCGCGGGGGUGACCUCGCCGAGCCUCAUGGUCACCCCGCUCGUUCCUCUUUGUCCCCCCCACAGUGUUUUCGGAAGGAGGCCGCCCUGCACACCCGCCCCGCCUUCCACCCCACGGUGGCCAGCGCCUGCCAGGAGCAGCGGACGGGCACGGUGGGGUUCAAGAUCUCCAAGAUCAUCGUGGUGGGUGACCUCUCGGUGGGGAAGACCUGCCUGAUCAACCGGUUUUGCAAGGACACUUUUGAUAAGAACUACAAGGCGACCAUUGGGGUGGAUUUUGAGAUGGAGCGGUUUGAGGUGCUGGGGGUGCCCUUCAGCUUACAGCUGUGGGACACGGCCGGCCAGGAGCGUUUCAAGUGCAUCGCCUCCACCUACUACCGGGGAGCACAGGCCAUCGUGAUUGUCUUCGAUGUCAACGAUGUGGGGUCCCUGGAGCAUACACGGCAGUGGCUGGCUGAUGCCCUGAAGGAGAACGACCCAUCCAACGUGAUCCUCUUCUUGGUGGGCUCCAAGAAGGAUCUGAGCACGCCAGCACAGUACAGCCUGAUAGAGAAGGAUGCUCUCAAGGUGGCUCAGGAGAUGCAGGCAGAGUACUGGGCUGUCUCCUCACUCACUGGGGAGAACGUGCGGGAUUUCUUCUUCCGAGUGGCAGCCCUGACCUUUGAGAGCAGCGUGGUGGCCGAGCUGGAGCGCGGCAGCAACACCCGCAGGAUCGGCGACACCGUGCGGAUCAGCAGCAAGGAGAGCGACCUGUACCUGUCAAUGCCCCGCAAGAAACCCAAGUGCUGCCAGUGAGGGGACAGCCUCAGUCCCCUCCAUGCUCACACCAAAGAGGGGCGACCCCGGCCGGCCCCGAGGAGACGUCCCUG